UCAACCUGCUUCUGACUGCACAGCGGAGGAGCCGGUGCAGAUCAGGAAGUGUGUGUGUGCGCGCGCGUGUGUGUGUGUGAGAGAGAGAGAGCGAGCGAGAGAGAGAGAGCGCGUCUUUGUGUUUUAUUUCGUUCUGCUGAGGAAGCUGACAGGAGGAAGUGAGGAGCCCAGACGGGAGCAGCAGCGCUGAGACGGAGCUCGCGGACGCCUGUCAUGGGGAGGGAGGAGCGGCAGUCGGCCGCCGAGAGGAGCGGAGGAGGAGGUUCUGCCACACAACCUGGUGGGCUAGGUCUCUGGUCCGUCCCUUUUCAGACCCAGAUAUGAGCCCUGAUCCCUCACUAGGAUCCACAUGCACCUGGACUCGCACCUGGACUUGCCUGUGUGAGGCAGAGCGGCACCUUCACGCCACCCUUCCUAGCAAAACAGCGAGCAGCACCAAAGGUUGACCACCUCCGGAAUGAGAUCUGCCGAGGCCUGAAGACCCCGACCUCCCAGCAGCGCCAGUGUCAGGAGUCAGAGCCGACAACAUGCAGUCGGACGAUCUGUUUGUCCGGAAGUUUCGCCGUCAAAACGUGCGGCCGCCCAUCGCCACCGUCAACUUCGACCCCAAGCGAGAAGGCGGGGUGGUGGAGUGGCCCCCCAGGAGAGAUGCGGACAAUAAGGAGAGUCUGACUCCCAGCCGCGCGGGCCUGAGCCUGCGUGCUGUGGGCCGGGGCCACAUCAUGCAGCGCAGCAACAGCGACGUGACUUUGGGCGACCUGGAUGGCGGGAAAGCGGCGGGAAAGACGGCGAGGGCUGGAGGAGAGAAGGCCGGGGGCGGAGCUCAGGGGGAGUCCGGCCUCGGUCUGCGCAGGGAAUACGGCAGCCUGUCGUCACUGGAGCGACAGACCCAAGUGCAGGAGGCCGGUACAGACAGUCCCCUGUCCCCAAAUGCCCUGCGCUUCAAAGACCCCUUCCUGCUGCUGGGGCUGCAGGGUGCCCCACCUGAGCCUGAUGGCUUCUUCCGAGGUCUGUCCGCCUCCACAGGGGACUCCCCAAAACCUGCCAAGCCGCCAAAGCCCGAAGGCCUGAGUAAAAAGUCCAAACCUGUGACCCCUCAGGUGCCACAGCCGUGUCCCUAUGAUGGUCUUGGGGGCGGAGCCUGGGUCAGGAACUUUGCCCACUACGACGUCCAGAGCAUCCUGUUUGAUCUCAGCGAGGCUGCCACCAACAGGGACAGCAUCGGGAGGAAAAAGAACAUCACGUCCGGGGCGUCGGCCGCGUCGCAGCUGCGGCCCGUCUCGCAGCCGGCGCCGUCCUCACCCGCCCCCGCCGACGAUCUGGACCAGGCCUUUAUGUUGGAUGAAGGCGACGGCAACGACAACGAGCUGCUGCUCAGCUGCCCGCACUUUCGCAAUGAGACGGGAGGAGAGGAGCAGGCCGGCUUGGGCCGGUCCUGGGGCCGGCGGGGGCCUUGGUCCAGCCUGAGGACCCCUAACGACGCCGUCUCCGUUCUGGAGGAGCCGCGAGAGAGUCACGUCCAGCAGCAGGGCAAGAGCAACUACUUCAUCGAGCACGCCGACCUCGGCGCCCACUACUUCCGAAAAUACUUCUACAUGAAAGAUCAUCAGAACUUCUUUGGUAUCGACGACCGCCUCGGCCCAGUGGCCAUCAGCUUCCGUCGGGAGGAGAAGGAAGGGUCCAGCGGCGCUCAGUACAACUACAGGAUCAUCUUCCGAACCACAGAGAUGAAGACGCUGCGAGGCUCCAUCCUGGAGGAGUCUGUGCCCUCAGCUGCGCGCCACACCACCCCCAGAGGUCUGUCCCCCAAGAGGCUCCUGGAGUUCAUCAUGCCUGAGCUGAACCUCCAGUGUCUGCGCCUGGCUUCCAACUCGCCAAAGGUCCGGGACACCUUGCUGAAGCUGGACGAGCAAGGGCUCAACUUCCAGAGGAAGGUCGGCGUGAUGUACUGUCGGGCCGGCCAGAGCUCCGAGGAGGACAUGUACAACAACGAGAGCUCCGGUCCGGCUUUUGAGGAGUUCCUGGACCUGCUCGGCGAGCGUGUCCGACUGAAGGGCUGGGAGAAGUACAGGGCCCAGCUGGACAACAAAACCGACUCCACGGGGACUCACUCGCUCUACACCAGGUACCAGGACUACGAGAUCAUGUUCCAUGUCUCCACCAUGUUGCCGUACACGUCCAACAACACCCAGCAGCUGCUGAGAAAGCGACACAUCGGCAACGAUAUAGUUACCAUCGUGUUCCAAGAACCGGGGGCUCUUCCUUUCACCCCGAAGUCCAUUCGAUCUCACUUCCAGCACGUCUUCAUUAUCGUCCAGGUGCACCAGUCCGGCGCGGACAACACCCACUACAGGGUUGCUGUCACGCGGUCCAAAGACAUUCCCUUGUUCGGCCCGCUCUUCCCCAAAGGCGCCCGCUUCCCUCGCUCGCCGGCCUUCAGAGACUUUCUCCUGGCGAAGGCGGUCAAUGCCGAGAAUGCUGCGGAAAAGUCGGAGAAGUUCCGUUCCAUGGCCACACGUACGCGUCAGGAGUACCUGAAGGACCUGGCGGAGAACUACGUGACCACCACGCCUAUCGACUCCUCCACCAAGUUCCCUCUGCUCUCGCUUGGAGGGAAGCGCAAAGACAAGCAGAAGGGCGUGAAAGGAGCGGAGCUGCACAGCGCCGGGGCGCUGGUGUGGGCGGUUCUGGUGCCGGACGCAGAGGUGGAAGACCACAAGCUGCCGUGUCUGCUGGGCGUCUCGGCCGAGUCAGUGGUUCUGAUUCAAAGGUGCAGUCGCAGGGUGGUCUUCAACUGCUCCUGCAGGGAUGUGAUCGGCUGGAAGGCGUUGACGGAAGUGAAAGACGGGGGGCCUCGCCUGGACAUCUUCUACGAGCGCGGCGAGUCCGUCUCCAUCCACAUGACCGAGAGCCAGACGGAGGACAUCCGGGAGGUGGUGCAGCGGCUGGAGUUGGUGACCCGGGGCUGUGAGGCUCUGGAGGUCACGCCGCUGCGCGACGGUGUGGGUCAGCCGGGCUUCCUGAUGAACGAGGAGGGCUUUGUGACGGAGCUGCAGCGCUUCUGCUACGCAGAGAGCGGCGGCCUGCAGCUGUGGGCCCGGGUUGUGCGGCUGUGUGGGUUCUCUCUGGUCCACCUGGGCACAGAGGAGCGGACCCGGCUGCUGCGCACGGCUCACAAGAUCCACAUCACCGUGAUCCCGCCGGACGAGAACGGGAAGCCCCGCAGGAGCUUCUCUGAGCUCUACCAGAAGGCCAUCAAGGACGCGGAGUGUCAGCCGGGGGAGGACCAGUCCAGGGAGGCCUGGGUGGUGGACGAGGCUCCGGAGGAGGAGGAGGCCAAGCCGGAGGAAGUGUUGGACAUGAUAGAGGUCCGGGAGGAGGCUGAACCAGAGCCCUCAUUGGUCCCAGAUGAAGGUCACACUCUCUCGCCGCCGAGUUUGCCGCUGCUGCGAGCGACGUCGCUGCAGGAGGCGCCGGACACCCACAGCCAGGACAUCAGCAUCACCCGCAGCUUCUCUUUAGAGAGGCCGUCCAUGUUCACCGACACGUGUGAAGGGCAUGUGUACGACAACGUGGGGGGCAGAGUGGAGCGUCCCAUCUACGAGAACGUUGGUGAGCUGAGAGACACCACGCCUGAUCUGAUCCGGGCGGUCAAACCCAAGAUUCAAGUGGAGGACCAGCAGGUCCUCGGCUCAGAGGCGGGUGAAGACAGACCCUCAGCGAGCGAUUCCCUGUCCGUCAACUCCCGACUGUCCAGCUUCGACCGAACCGAGAGAAACUCUCGAGCGCUGAGUCUUCACAACUCCAUCACAAAGAUUCUGUCUGAGACGACGGACUCCACGGAGGAGGAGUGGCAGUCCAUCGCAGACCUGGCAGCCGCCUGCCGCAGCAUCUUGGAGGCCUUGUCCCGCGAAGACCGUAAAUCUGGAGACGCCGCCGGAGCCGACCAGGUGGAUGGACGGCUGAAGGACGCGAAGGACAGCGACUCUCCUGGCCACCUGGAGGAGAAAGUGUCUCAGCUGGAGUCCAUGCUGAAGAAGCUGCAGGCCGACCUGCAGAAGGAGAAGGAGGACAAGGCCGUGCUGCAGGCCGAGGUCCAGAGUCUCCGCCAGAACAACCAGCGGCUCCAGGAGGAGUCGCAGAGCACCGUGGCCCGACUCAUCAAGGUGACCGAGCUUCUCUGCAACGUCAAUAAGCCUUGCUAGCUGGACCCGGCCAAGUGGGGACGCCCCAAAACCUGGAGCGGAACUGUGAACUUGUUCCCAGCAUCCUUGGCUCUGCAGCCUUUGUGAGUGUGUGAGUUAGUGUGAGUGAGUGCACCAGUGGUACCAGGACUUGUCCUCCUUUGAACUUCCACCACGACGUCUUGUAGCACCGGACUGGGUCCGACCCGGACAGACUUCUAAGUUUGCAUUAGUCGAAACAUCAGCAGAAACAUUUUCGGGCCGGACACGCAGCUCUGGCUCGGCGUCGGUCCGAAGCUCACCUGUGCACGCUGGAGUCCGACGGACCGCUCUUCCCCCAGUGCCAACAGAACCAGGCAGCUUCUUCUGAGUUCCUGUGGAGACUUUGUUUGGACUCACUGUGAAUAACCCGGUACCAGCAGAAGAUCAUCGUACAACUUCAAUAAUGUGAAGAACGCGUGUGCGUGGGCGCCCCCUGCGGGCCGACACUGCAGACGCGGGUCAUGUGACCAGCUGUUAGUCCAUAGAUGUUUAGACUGUAGAAGGUCCAGCAUGAGAAUGUGAAACCAGACGUCCACGUCUGAGCGUGUAACUUAUUCAUCGACAAACUGUAACAACCUGGGGUCAUGUGACCCGCCCAUCACCUGAUCAGAACCGUUAUAAGUCACCAGAGAGUGAAUGAAAACUGGACCACAGGUGAACCGGGUCGCGGCUCGGCCCGAUGUCAGACUCAUGUUCUGAUCAAUAAAACCUCGCCCACAAUCGAUCGAGUGUCUUCCUGCGUCUAAAUAAAGUUGUGGAACGUCUCGCCUGGGUCCAGACUGAGGCUGGUGUCUAGUCACUCACCAACGCCGAGUCAGGAAUCCAAACAGCAUUCAGCAGAAACGUCAGCAGUUUAUUUCAUCAGUAACGGAACAGUGUGGACAUCCCAGUGGAAACGACACGCUGGUUCAACGAAAAGGUCUGAAGUGGAGAACUUUAACACUGAUCAGAUAUCGAGGAGAAAGAAACGUUCACGACCGACAACAACGAAAAAAGGAUCAUGACACAAGUACAGUAGUCGGGCAGGUGCACUGUACGGACGACGGAAGUGGCGCUCAACAGCUCCACCUGCAGGCUGUGAGCCUCGGCUGAAAUGUCCUCGCGGUGCGUUCACUGGCGACAGGGUUCUGUCCGGGCCACUUGGGUCCUCCGUACGUGGGUGCGUGACCUGCGCUAAAGUGCAGACUGUCGUUGGUGAGCUUAUGUUUUUAAACUUCAUUUUACCUUCAUGAAGAUUCACACUGUGAGCAACAGCAGAGGAAACCAUUCACCGAUUGUUUAUUAAAUAAAGCCCUUCCAUCGACGACAAUCCAUCGGUCGCUCUGUUCACUGCGAGGACUUGUUAGCUAAACAUGGAAUCAACACUGCUACAGUAGUUGGAAAUGCUAACUUUACUUAGCAUCAUUUAAAAGAUUGGAAACUUGAUCAGGAAAAACAAAGUGUUUAGCAACUUGGUAACAGCCAAAUAAAUAAACCAGAUAAAAGCCAACCUUUUCCUCACGCAGUGUUUAGUGUUGAGCUAGCCGGGCGUAAAGGGGCAGGUGAAGUAGCGUAAAUAAAUAGAGCCGGUCGCUCACAGUGUGAAUCGCGGAAAGCUUAAAAAAGUGUCAAAGAUGGCCG